AUGCGCAGUGUAUUCUACGUAGCUCUUGUCUUUGCGGUUCUCGCUCGCAGCAGCACCGUCGCAGCCUUCCCUCAUACCGACGAGUCUCAACUCUUGGCAGUGACAUCUCCCGACUCUGCGACCCAUACCAAGCGAUCGCUUCGUGCGGCAGGCCAAGAAGUUGUCCAGAGCACCGGGAACGGGAACGGUGGUAUCUUCAAAUCCACACUCACCAGUAUCAAUAAAGUCGUCCAUAAGCCGGAAAUUAAGCUAGGCGGACUCAUCGAGAAGGCCAAGAUAGCCCAGGCGGCAAAGGCGUUUAAAAAUAAAGCUACGGGGAAAAAGUAA